AUAUUUUAGUGUGGUCGUGAGAAUUUGAGCAAAAAGUCAUUCCACCAUCCGGUAACACUACCCGGAAUUUGUUUUUGGGGAGACUUCCGAUUUUUAGCUUGAAAAAAUGACCGCCGUGUUCCGCGUUGGCCUGGUACGGCUUGUCAGCCGCGCGACACAGUCGCCCAAUCUUCUCCAGGCGCAGGCGAACGCCCUGCCCGCCGCCUUCCAGCAGCGAUGCAGUAUCUCCGGCAAGACAAUGCGUGGUGGUCCCCGGGUACCAAAGGCGGCCCCUUAUCCGUACAAGACCAAAAAGUACACCGUAUUCAAUGCGUUCUUCGACAAAACUUCUAAGCGUUUUGAUGAGAACAGCAAGGUGAUCUGUGUGGAGGGGCCCAUCGCUGCUGGAAAGUCGAAGUUCGCCCAGGAACUGGCCGAUGAGCUGGAUAUGCAGUACUAUCCUGCCGUAGAUCUGGACCUGAUCUACAUCAAUUCCUAUGGCUAUGACAUGAGGAAAUUGGAUCCUCAGUUGCCGCCCAGCUGUCGCAGCUACGAUGUACGCAACUUUUGCUUGGAUCCUAGCCACGAUCUAGCCGCUCAGUUCCAGAUUCGCAUGUACAUGCUGCGCUAUUCGCAAUAUAUUGAUGCCCUGCAGCACGUAUUGAGCACUGGACAGGGCGUUGUCCUUGAGCGCAGCCCCUACUCGGACUUUGUUUUCAUGGAGGCCAUGUUCCGCCAGGGUUAUCUGUCCCGUGGUGCUCGUUCCGUGUACAAUGAGCUGCGUCAGAACACCAUUGGGGAACUGCUAAAGCCGCAUUUGGUUAUUUACCUGGAUCUGCCGGUAGAUGCGGUUAAGAAGCAGAUUAAGUCCCGCAACGUGGAUUACGAAGUGCAAUCGAAGGUGUUCAGUGAUGCCUACUUGAACGAUGUGGAGCAGCUUUACAAGCAGCAGUACCUUAAGGACAUCUCCACACAUGCCGAGCUGCUUAUUUACGACUGGACAGCUGGUGGGGAGACCGAGGUUGUGGUGGAAGAUAUCGAACGCAUCGAUUUCAACCAGUUUGAGGCAGACUCUCACAACAAGAAGAUGCUCGACUGGCGUUUCCCCCUAGAGACCGAAUGGUGCGAGGCCCGCAUCAAGUACUGCCACGAGAAGCCCGAUCUGAUGAACUACUUCAAUGUGCCUCGUUUCGACGUUCCAGAACUGCUGCGCAGCGCCGACGACAGCAAAGUCUGGCGCGAUGUCUGGUACAAUGCUCCUGGUAUGAAGUAUCGUCCUGGCUAUAAUGCGGAUAUGGGUGACGGCGGUCUCCUCACCAAAACGAAAUUGGGCAUCAACGAGGCCAUCUAGAGGUUUUUCUUUUUUCUCUUGAAUGAAAAUCAUCUGGCGAAAUGUGUUAAUUAUCUAAUAAACAGUCUAGUAAAAUAA